UAUAACCGGCGAGCCGGCACCGGCAUUAAACAGUCAGUCGACGUACACGCUACUCACUAACCAUUUCAAUUUCUUUUCCAACGUCAAAACUCAAACCGACCGAUACAGAAUGCCGAUCGAUUUUUACUACACUCCUGGUAGUCCACCAUGCAGAUCCGUUUUGCUUACUGCCAAAGCUUUGGGUUUGGAAUUGAACUUGAAAACUUUAGAUCUUCACCACGGUGAACACUUGAAACCAGAAUUCGUCAAGCUAAAUCCUCAACAUUGUGUACCAACACUGGUGGACGGUGACUUAGUUUUGUGGGAGAGCCGUGCAAUAAUCGUGUACUUGGUUCAAGCUUACGGAAAAGACGAUUCACUGUUCCCCAAAGACCCGAAGAAGCAAGCGUUGGUAAAUCAAAGACUGCAGUUUGACGUCAGCACCUUGUACCCAGCCUUUUCCGAUCAAUACUACCCGUGGAUUUUCGCUGGAGUACCGAAAAGUGACGACAAAGAGAAGAAAAUCCACGAAGCACUCGCGUUUUUGGAUAUCUUUUUGGGAUCGUCCACUUGGGCUGCCGGUAAUUCAGUGACUGUGGCCGAUAUAGCUUUGGUCGCUUCUAUUUCGACCUUUGAGGCUGUCGGCAUUGACUUGAAGAAGUACGCCAACAUCUCCAAAUGGUUUGAAAAGUCCAAGAGUACAUUAAUAGGAUACCAAGAGGCUAAUCAAAAGGGAAUCGAUGGAUUCAAAAUCAUGGUAAACAACCUCACCAAGAAAUAGGCGUCUACACUUAAAUGCGUUUAUUCCGAUCAGAUUCAGAUUUCGUGUUCCGUGUUCUGAUUACACCAUUUUCGUUUUACACUAUUCAAUGGUAUAAUAUAAAUUAUUGCUUUUUAAAAAUUAAAAAUUAUAAACAAACACUUUUUUGUA